AUGAUGUUAGCGCUGUUGAAGGCAACUAGGUCAAAUGGACGCUCCUUCAAACAAUCUUCGUACGCAGCAUGGAGAAGACAUUUUGCAACUCCAGCCGCAUCUGUACAAGUUCCGUUAAGUCCUUUGGAGCCGUACAACCCAUUAGAUUAUGGAUCGCGACUACAAGCCCUUCAUGACCUGCAAAAGUCCAAUAAACGACCCCUGACUCUCUCCGAAAAGAUCCUAUACAGCCACCUAGUCCCCGGCAAAGAUGGGUGGUCGCUCGACGAAAUACAUCGAGGCAAGACAAUAUUGCGCCUGCGGCCCGAUCGAGUAGCAUGCCACGAUGCCACAGCAACAAUGGCCUUGCUUCAAUUCAUUAGCGCUGGUCUUCCACGCGUCAGAGUUCCGACAUCCGUUCACAGUGACCACCUGAUCGUUGCCGAGAAAGGUGAUAAGGAGGAUCUCGCUCGUGCUGCUAGCGACCACGAAGAGGUGUAUGCCUUUCUCGGUAGUGCGACGAAGAAAUACGGAAUCGGGUACUGGAAGCCAGGAGCGGGAAUUAUACACACAACCAUCUUCGAGAACUACGCAUUCCCAGGCGGCCUGAUGAUUGGCACGGACUCGCACACACCGAAUGCCGGAGGAAUGGGCAUGCUAGGUAUCGGUGUCGGUGGAGCCGAUGCUGUCGAUGCAAUGUCUGGUAUGCCGUGGGAGCUCGUCUGUCCAAAGGUCUGCGGCGUGCGCCUGACCGGCAAACUCCAGGGAUGGAGCUCGUCAAAGGACAUAAUCUGCAAGCUUGCGGGUAUCCUCACUGUUUCUGGAGGUAAAGGCAAAGUCAUUGAGUUCUUUGGUCCAGGCACCGAAACGCUGGGAGCUACGGCGAUGGCAACCGUCUGCAACAUGUCUGCCGAAAUUGGGUCAACAUCUUGCGUGUUCCCUUACUCUGAAGCGAUGUCGCGAUACCUAUCAGCCACGAAUCGGAAGAAUAUCGCCGACUAUGCCGAUAUUUUCAAACAGCCACUCCUUCUUGGAGACGAGGGUUGCGACCGCUACUACGACGAAAUAAUCGAGAUAGACCUCUCGACCCUUGAGCCUCACAUUAAUGGCCCCUUCACCCCGGACCUGGCACACCCACUAUCUCAAUUCAAACGACAUGUCAGCGAGAGUUCAUGGCCGUCAGACAUCUCUUGCAGUCUAGUCGGGAGUUGCACCAAUAGCUCGUACGAAGAUCUAGAAAAGGUUCGCCAUCUCGUCGUGCAAGCCAGAGAAGCCGGGCUAGAGAAGACAAAGACGCGAUUCCUAGUUAGCCCAGGAAGUGAGCAAAUCCGUGCUACGGCAGAGGAGGAAGGGAUUCUCGAUACGCUCAGACAAGCUGGAGCAGUUGUUUUGAGUAAUUCCUGUGGCCCAUGUGUCGGGCAAUGGGAUCGGGAAGACGUCGAUGUCAAGAACGCCGAAAGGAACUCGGUCAUUUCCAGCUUCAACCGCAACUUCACAGGUCGCCACGACAGCAAUCCGGCCACUCAUUCUUUUGUCACAUCACCUGAGCUCGCCGCAGCAUUUGCCUUCGCUGGCAAUCUCACGUUCAACCCCAUGACUGAUGACAUACCCAUACCCGGUCCAUAUGGUGCUCCCAAGAAAUUCCGCUUCACGCCCCUCAAGCUGCCGAGCUCCCGGUCAUCUUCUCCAGGCGACGACCGUUUUCAACCUCCUGUACUAUCAGACACAACGGAAUUGAAAUCUGGCAUGAACAUCCUGAUCAAGGUGCGUGGCAAAUGUACGACAGAUCACAUCUCGCCCGCUGGUCCUUGGUAUAAGUACCGGGGCCACCUGGAGAACAUCAGCAACAACAUGCUCCUCGGAGCCACCAAUGACUUCUUAGCCGACGCCAGCUCAUUGAACGUGAUUGGUAAAGCCAUGGAUCCGGUCGAUGGCCAAAUCAAACCCGUGCCUCAAGCUGCGAGAAGCAUGAAGAGCGCCGGCAUCAGGUGGUGCAUCAUCGGAGAUGACAAUUACGGCGAAGGAAGCUCGCGAGAACAUGCUGCGCUGGAGCCGCGAUAUUUGGGUGGUGUUGCCGUCAUUGCCAAGAGCUUUGCCAGAAUUCACGAGACGAACUUGAAGAAACAGGGCAUGUUACCGCUUACGUUCAGUGAUCCCGCAGACUACGGCAAAAUACAGAAGGGGGACCAAAUUACGCUUGUAGACGUCGAAGAUGCUGAUCUGCGGCCCGGAAAGCAGGUGACCAUGGAGGUCGUCACCCUACAAGGCUCCAGGUGGACGGCCAAAUUGAAUCACAGUUUCGAAACCAAUCAGAUUGAAUGGUUGCGGGCGGGGAGUGCGCUCAACCACAUCAAGCGCGUUGCACUUCGCGGCGAAGCAUGA